CGUCGAGGAAUGAACUGCCCCUCGACCAAGCCAUUCUACUUCGCCUUGUGGGCGAUUGCCGCAUGAUCUGCACGAGCCACUUUUCAUGCUGCAGGCCAGUUGCGCCUUUGUUAUGAGAAGUGCCUAUGGCCAGCACAGCCAAUCAUUGGCUUGAUUGAGGCAAAAAAAUUGCCAGUGCUGGCGGACCCUCAAUCAAUCACACGUUCAUCCGCCAUUGAUGCCACCUGCAAUGUCAAAGACUCCCGAGCCUCGUGCUGCAUCGAACGCAGAGGGUGACGAGGACCAGCUCUCGAUUGACACGGUCAGCACCAUGGCUAACCUGACACUGGGCUUCCAAAAGAUCCUGAUGAGCCAGCUAGAGUACUCUGCCUCUCUCCAGUCACGUCUCCAAGAGUCCGAGCGAGUCCUCGGAGACCUUGCGAUGGCUCGAGAAAGAAAGCGCCAGAAGGAUCGCCGUCAAGGCCAUGUCGAUACGGACGACGACAGCGAUCGCGAUGAUGAUUUCAGCGACGAUGACGACGUGCUUGCUCAGGACCAUGGCCAAAAGAACCUAAAAGUCCUCUUUAAAAACAUCCAGGCCGGUCUGACAAAGGUCAGCCACGCCCAGAGCGAGAUUACUCGCAAGGCCGCCCAGGUCUUUGAGCAAAAGCGCCUGGCUGAGGAAGCUAAGGAUCACGCCGCUCUCGGCGAGUCGGCUUGUCCCUUCAAGCCGCUCCUGGACCACCAAAAGAAGGCCGGUGUGCCCGUCGAUGCCUCGGCCUGUCCCUACAUGUCCCAGCACGCGAAGAAAGCUGAAGCGCAGACCGUAUCCGACGCGGGCCAGUGUCCAUUUCGACGCUCCCAGGACACUGAGCAGGCCAAGCCCGUAGGCAAGGUUGCUGUGGGUCAAGAGGAUGCUCCUUCUGCCACCGGCGAGACCGACAAGGCACCCGGAUCGAGAUGUCCUUAUCUGGCUGCAGCCAAGCAAAACAACACUCCUGUUGAUGCACUCAGGGCAACGGAAUGUCCGCACAUGGCUGGGCUCCUCAGCCAAGCUCCCAAAGAUGCGCUCAACUGAUUUUGGCCAGCCCAGUGAUCG